CCUCCCACAUUUUGCACUUCGUGAAGAAGCGACCAAGUCACAGAAAUGUCAUACACUCGCAUUGUCAUUCACCGCUUCCGCUUAUUGCCGCCAAUCCUAUCAUCGUUAUCAUCAUCAUCUUCACUUUCAGUUACUCGCUUUCAAUUCCAAUGCCGCUCUUCCCCUUUUUCUUUCCUCUCACAUCCCAAACACUUUACGCGCCCACGCGCCACAGUUCCCUUCCACUUCCAUUCUUCUUAUUAUUAUUCUUCAGCUCCAUCUCCGUCUUCCGACCCUAAACAAGGCUUGGUUGGUGACGAUGAGGAUUUUCCGAGUGGAGACUUUGAUUUCGAGCCAAUUACAGGUUGGAAAAAAUUUAUUGUCAAGCUCAGGAUGCUAAUAGCGUUCCCUUGGGAGCGUGUACGAUACGGCAGCGUUUUGACAAUCAAGUUGCGCGGCCAGAUAUCCGAUCAACCGAAGAGUAGGUUCUCACGGGGAUUAUGUCUGCCACAAAUCUGUGAGAAUUUGUUGAAAGCAGCCUAUGAUCCUCGUAUUUCUGGCAUCUAUCUCCAUAUUGAUCCUUUAAAUUGCGGUUGGGCUAAACUCGAAGAAAUUCGAAGGCACAUCUUGAAUUUCAAAAAAUCAGGAAAAUUUGUUGUGGCUUAUGUCCCUUCGUGUAGAGAAAAGGAAUAUUACCUUGCAUGCGCGUGUGAAGAGAUAUAUGCCCCUCCAAGCGCUAAUUUUUCUCUGUUUGGAUUGGCUGUUCAAGCCCCAUUCCUCAGAGGUGUUUUUGAGAACCUUGGAAUUGAACCGCAAGUGGAAAGGAUUGGCAAAUAUAAAAGCGCAGGAGAUCAACUGACCCGUAGAACCAUGUCUGAUGACAAUCGUGAGAUGCUGACUGCAUUGCUUGAUAAUAUACAUACAAAUUGGCUGGACAAAGUCUCUUCUGCUAGAGGGAAGAAAAAAGAAGAUAUUGAGAACUUCAUAAAUGAAGGUGUCUAUCAAGUAGACAGGCUGAAAGAAGAGGGCUUCAUAUCAAACAUACUCUAUGAUGACGAGGUUAUUGCCAGGUUGAAGGAGAGACUUGGAGUGAAAACAGAUCAAAAUCUACCUAUGGUUGAUUUCAGAAGAUACUCUAGAGUUAGGAAAUGGACUAUUGGAAUAUCAGGUGGUAAACAACUGAUAGCCAUCAUUCGAGCCUCAGGGAGCAUUCGUCGUGUUGAGAGUCCAUUAAGUGUCCGUGGCUCAGGUAUCAUUGGAGAGAAGUUCAUUGAGAAGAUUCGCAGUGUUAGAGAGUCAAAAAAAUAUAAGGCUGCUAUUAUCCGAAUUGACAGUCCUGGAGGUGAUGCUCUUGCUUCUGAUUUGAUGUGGAGAGAAAUCAGACUUCUGGCUGCCUCAAAACCGGUCAUUGCUUCCAUGUCUGAUGUGGCAGCAAGUGGAGGGUACUACAUGGCAAUGGGAGCAGGAGCUAUUGUUGCAGAAAGUCUUACCUUAACUGGUUCAAUUGGAGUGGUCACAGGUAAACUUAACCUUGGGAAACUUUAUGAGAAGAUUGGCUUCAACAAAGAAAUUAUAUCAAAGGGUAGAUAUGCUGAGCUCGUUGCAGCUGAACAGCGUUCUUUUAGGCCAGAUGAAGCAGAGCUAUUUGCCAAGUAUGCACAGCAUGUUUAUAAACAAUUUCGAGAUAAGGCAGCUCUUUCCCGAUCAAUGACUGUAGACAAGAUGGAAGAGGUUGCACAAGGGAGGGUUUGGACUGGUAAGGACGCUGCUUCACAUGGUUUGGUUGAUGCUAUUGGUGGGCUUUCUAGAGCUAUUGCCAUAGCAAAAUUGAAGGCCAAUAUACCUCAAGACAGACAGGUUACUGUUGUGGAGCUCUCAAGACCUAGCCCUACUCUACCUGAGAUUUUAAGUGGUCUAGGUAAUUCUCUCGUUGGAGUGGACAGAACGUUGAAGGAACUACUACAGGACUUGACAUUUUCUGAUGGAGUUCAAGCACGGAUGGACGGAAUCAUGUUUCAGAAAUUGGAAGGAUAUCCAUACGCUAACCCCAUGUUGGCAUUAAUAAAAGAUUACCUCAGUUCCGUAUAAUUAUAUAUAUAUAUAUAUAUAUAUAUGGGUCAGGAUCAUUUUACACCAGUAUAAGUUACACUCUCAAUAUUGACCAUUGAUUCCACUUAUAUCUAACGGCUCAAGUUUUUUAGUAAUGUGAGCCAUUGGAUACAAGUGAAUCAACGAUCAAGAUUGAGUGUAAGACUUCUAACUCUUACACCGGUGUAAGAAUAUCCUGCCCCUAUAUGUAUAUAUAUGUAUAUAAUUAUAUAUAUAUAUAAAAGACAGGAUCCUUUGACAUCGGUGUCAAAAUUUAAAAUUUGACACCAAAUCUUAUCCGUUGAUUUUCGCCAAUCAACGGUUAUCAUUUAAUGGUAAUCAAACUUAUUAAUUAAUAUUAAUUCUCAAUAAAUGAUAACCGUUGAUUGGCGUAAAUCAACGAAUAGGAUUUGGUGUCAAAUUUCAAAGUUUGACACCGAUGUCAAAUGAUCCUAUCCCUAUAUAUAUAUGAGGCAGGAUCCUU